UGUUGGCUGAUGAAAUAUCAAAAUGGAGGGAAAUAUACAGGAACAAGAUGAGCUCAUCAAAUAUUUUUGUUCAAUUACUGAUGUAGAUUGUGAUCGAGCGAAACUUUAUCUAGAAGCAGCUGCCUGGAAUUUAGAUUUUGCCCUUUCAAGUUUCUAUGAAGAAACUGAUGACCUAGGAGACCCAGUUGUGGUAGAACCAGAUUAUUUAAAUAAAGAAACUGAUGGCACUGGAAACACGGUUGUGGAAGAACCAGAUGAGUUAAACAAAGAAAUGUCAUCCCAACCAACGUCUGCAGCAAGUGGAUCCUCUUCAUCUAGAUUUGUAACUCUGUCCAGUCUGAUGAAGACAGAGAAUGAUGAUGAAGGACAAGCUUUUUAUGCUGGUGGGUCAGAGAGAAGUGGACAACAAAUCCUGGGACCGGGGAAAAGAAAAUCAGGAAAUGACUUUGUAUCUGAAAUAUUUAAGGCUGCAAAAGAACAUGGUGCUGAAGUGGUAGAACCAGGUAGCUCAUCUCAUGAAAACAACAAAGUACCAGUCUUUAAAGGAACAGGAUACAAACUUGGAGCCACUAAUGAUGAUACAGAAGUUGUCCAUAGUGGAGUGCUCCAUAAACCCCGACCCCCAGUAGAUGUGUGUCUUAGACUGUGGAAAAAUGGUUUCAGUGUGGAUGAUGGACCCCUGCGGGAGUAUACAGACCCUGCAAAUAAGGAAUUUUUUGAAUCUGUUCGUAGAGGAGAAAUACCAAGGGAACUAGUUCAAGCAGCAAGGGGAGAGGUAAACUUAAAUAUGGAAGAUCAUCGUCAGGAGGACUUUAUGGCAUCGAAGAGAAAAUUAGAGGUGUUUUCAGGAGAAGGUCAUCGGUUAGGAAGUCCAGUACCUCACCUACAAUUUGGGCAAAGUGGAACAUCUAACCAGGAUACUCUGAAGAAUCAGCAAGAUGCCCAGAAUAUGCUUGUUGUAAAAGAGUCUGAACCUACAACAAGCAUCCAGAUAAGAUUAGCUGAUGGAUCAAGAAUGGUAGCCAAACUGAACCAUAGUCACACUGUAGGAGACCUCAGGAAGUAUAUUGUAACUGCUCGACCGGAAUAUGCUGCCUCAGUAUUUGCUCUAAUGACAACAUUUCCAAACAAAGAAUUGACCGAAGACAACUUGACAUUGGAAGAAGCUAGUCUGUUGAAUUCUGUUGUUGUUCAGAAAUUAAAGUAAUUUAUCUUUAUGUCUGUCCAAUACAAUAAUGGAUAAUAUCUGUAUUAAAAGCAAUUAAAGUAUUUGUAUUUACUGGGCACUUGGCUUUAUCCAUUCUUGUUUCGAUUAAGAAAAUGUGAUACUGUUUCUCACAAGUGCAAAAAUAAUUUUCCUACAAAGACAUUUCUCAUUUUAGUUCUUAGAUCAACUAUGAUCAAGAUCCUCUUCUGUAUGGUUUAAAGAAGCAUAAUCUAUGUUCUUAAACUUCAUACAAACUUUAAUAGGUACUCAUGUUGAUCUGAUUGUUUAAAAUAAUCUGAAAUUGUUAUUCAAUGUAACUGUCUGAAUACUUUAGAGCUGUGUCCAAUGUGCCCAGUGUAGUAUGUAAAAAUAAUUAUUAAACCACUCCAUAAGAA